GCCCCCUGGUCUCCACGGUGCGCGCCGACGGACAGACGUACGGGCCCAAUGGCAGCCCCACCGUCCGGCGCCACGACUUGUGCCCUGCACGAUGAGCAGAGCGGCCAGGACUGCGUGGACGGCGUCCAGCUGGGAUACCUGGUGAUCAAAGACGUGCAGAUGUUCGCCCUCUCACAGGUAUUCACGGACCUGCUGCAGAACAUCCCGCGCACGACUGUGCACAAGCGCAUGGACCACCUGCACGUGCAGAAGCACCAGUGCGACCUGGAAGAGCUGCGCAAGCUCAAGGCCAUGAAGUCGAUCGCAUUCCACUCGGCCAAGUGCACGCUCAUCUCGCGCUCCGACAUGCUCGCGCUCUACACGUCCUGCAAGCUCGAGCCUGUGCUCAAGACCAAGAAGAGGCGCAGGAAGAUGGUGCCCCAGCCGCAGGCGCCUAACGCCAGCGCUCCCGCGCCACACAAGGCCACCGCCGUCCCUGGACCCACCGACGCCAAGAAGAGGAAGCUGUCCGGGAUGGAGUCGCAGCAGCUUUUGAACGGCAUUGGAGGCGGUGGCGGUGGGGGAGAAUGCGGGACGUUUGAGGCAUACGGCUCUGAUGUAAUUUUUCCGGGAAGUAACGGCUGUGGCGGUGGUGGCGGCGUGCAUUUGGACCCCACGCUGUUAGAGGCAUCAGAACGGCGCGGGGUCCAUGAGGUGCCGAGGGGCGGCGUCAAGGGAGACCACAGCGCAGACGGACGCCAGGCGGGGAUGGCCUGUUGGAGCAGCGCGUCCAAGGAGGUGACUGGCCAACCGUGGGCCUUCGAGCGGCUGUUUCUGAAGAAGACCGUGAACGCUGGCAGCGGCGGCACAAAGCAAGUCGGCCAUACCGUGAGAGCGACGGGAAUUGGCAGCGGCGGUGCCGGCGGUGGCAGCGCUGGUGGGGCCGCCAUGUCCACCUACAAACAGACGACGCUGCCGAAUCAGCCGUCCUUGGAGAGGCACUCGCUCAAGGGGUUUCAGAAUGGCUACGUCAACGGGAAGGCGGCACUGGCGUAUGACACGUGCGAGCGGGCCCACGCAGUCUGCUGCGCCCCCACGUGCAGCUCCUCCUCCGCGGCCCGCGCCGCCAACGACCGGCCGGAAAUGGUGAUGGCGGCGGCAGCUGUGAGGCACGAGGCCACCGUGGACCCCUACGACUCCUGCUCCAACGAUGACGACGACGAAAGCCUGACGAGCCCGAACUCGGCCUGCAGCUCCGGCACGUCCGAGUGCGGCUCGGUGCGCAGCGUUUCACCGUCGCCGCCCCCGCCGUCGCCGAUGCCGCCGCCAUCCGUGCCCAGCACGCCGCUUGUGCUGAAAAAGCAGCAUGAGAGCUGGACGCUGACGUCUUACACGAGCGGCACGCCGUCCAACAGGCUGGCACUGCAGUCUGCCGCCGGUGGGGGCUUCUCGGCGUUCACCCGGUUGGGCGUUGGCAUUGAAGUGGCUGGCGGCGGCGGCGGGAAAGUCUCUUCUGCCAUGAAGGAGAAGGCGGGAUUCAGUCACGGCAACGUCAACGGGUAUUCCGACCGCCCUGACGUGGUCAACAAGGGCAGUGCCGUCGGCUCUGAAAGCGCCACUUUUCAGCCAAUAGUCACGUUUGAGGAGCAGCAGAAGGAGGUUCCGGAAGGGGGUCUUUUUGGAAAUGCGAGACGGCCCCCUGCCACGCCUGCUGCUGCCGCUGUUACCGAAGCUUCGCUCGGACACCUCUCUAAAGACAGAGCGCGGCGAGACGCACGGCCCUCGGUGAGCCGUCGGAAAGUGAAGAGGAGGCAGAGCGACAAGAGAGCUCACGGUGAGAAUUCAGACCGGCGACGAGCCAGUAGCUCCAGUUACACGAGGAGGAGAAUAAGAAGAGAUACAGUCGGGGCCAGGGCCAGCGCCAGCUCAGCCAUCGACAUCGGCGGCGGAGUCGCUGUCGAAAGGUCGGGCAGGGGCCGACCACCUCUGGCACGAUCGGCCAAGCAGGGUGAGCCGCCCCAGUAUUGCCCAUCACCGGCGCCGACGGCCUCGGGGCCACGGCCGCCUGUACAGCCACGCCGUAGGGCGACCACCCCGAGGAGGAGAAGGAGGUCUGAGCGUGACAGGAAGACGCUGCGGGCAAGCGUGGCCGCGCAGAGGAGACGGGGGACGGCGGCGCCAGCAACGGGAGUCGGCGGCGGCACGCGCCGGUCGACCGACACCGACGCUUCGACGGCACCGCUAGGAGUGAGGGGCGCCGCCCAUAAGCAUCCGGGUGGCGCCGCAGCCGGAGCGGCCGCGGCCGCCGCCGCCGCCGCCUCCUCCUCCGGCCUGCGUUCCUUCAGCUUCCUGUCCAACUUCCCACCUCCGCCGUCGCUCGUGCUGGGAGACGACGGGGACCUGAGUCCCGCGUACUCGGUCAGCGCCGGCCGCUUUGGCGUGCCGCCGCAGAAGCCGGUGGCGCCCUGGGGCUGGCAGGUGGGGAUCCUGCUGCCGCCCAGCCACAAGUUCCGUCGCUUCGUUCCGUGA